AUGGAUAGAAUAUUGGAUCACGUUAGCGAUUGCCAGCAGUUUUCGGUCGAUACCGAAAGCGAAAUGGCCAGCAACAAGCUGGCCAUUAUACAAAUCCAUUCAAUUCCACGGGUAUUGCCAUCGAUGGUGAUUUUGGUUGAACUGUCGUAUCUGCCAAUUCUAGAAUCAGGGUUGUAUGCAAAGAUUGAACAGAUGUUACGUUUGAUAUUUAGAUCUGAUAAUCAUGUUUACGCGUGGGGAGAGAUGAGAAGAGAAAUGGAACCAGUGAAGCAUUUACUCGAUUGGCCGAUUAAAUCUACAUUGAUUAAUUUACAACCACAUUUUACUGGAUGGUAUGAGAGGGCUCGGACCUUAUGUAGGGUCCAGAACCUACAGGAAAACGUUAUUAAAGAGGAAGGUAAUGAAGUGGAUCGAUCGAAUGACCCAAUGAAAUGCACAUGCCAUCGUGAAUCUCCUUAUCAGGAAAAUCAAUUAUGGUCAUUGCAAAAUGCACUGAUUUAUGGCUUUGAUGUAUUUAUUGAUAAAACAACUCGGAUGGCACAUUGGUCACAUGGAUUAACAUAUGGUCAUUCAUCCUUAUCACAUGCACAGCGUAUUCGAAUGACACAUUAUGCCAAGAAUGAUGUGAUGGCGGUAUCCUAUCUGGCUAGACCCAUCAUCGAGAACUGGUCAUUUGCGAGGAUCAAGGAAACAAACAUGGAAGCAAUGUUUGUCGCAUUUCAACCAGCAUUACCAUCACCGUUACGUCAACCGUCGGCAAAAACGAAGGUUAAGAACAUCAGCAUACACAAAUUGGCAAAAAUUUUCGAAACUGCCGACUCGGAUAUUGAACCAAUAUCAUCGGAUGACGAAAUAUAUAUGAACCAGGUGAACCAAGACGUUACUCAAGCUAGUGAUGAACAUGUCGAAACAGAAUUAGCAACAGCAACUAAUGACAACAUCAAUGAUGAUUUAAUUGAACCAACAAAUGGAGAUCUCGUUGAUAUUUCGGACGAUGAAAUUAUCAUUGGAAAUAUUGGGACACAGAUGGAUAAUGAUUAUGUUACAACAAAGCAAUAUGAUGUGGGAUCAGCCGAAGUGAUUUGGCAAGAUCCUGUAAUAAUUGCUGAUGGUAAUUAUGAAGCAGAAGAAAGAAUAAAUCGAUCGAAACAUCAGCAACGCAGCAUCGAAGCAAGGAAUCGGAAAAACAGCAAGCAUAACAAGCAACGACGCAAAAAUCGUUAUCGGCACAUCAUCAAGCGACGAUGUUAUUAUCGCUUCACCAUGUACGAAAUGAAAAAGAUUCUUCGGUAUUAUGGAGUCACAUUUACGCACGUGAAAUUUGAUGAAACAAGUGAAAAUUUAAUUAUCGGAUUGAAGAAUGAAGAAAAUCGAAGUGAAGCGGAACAUCAACUGGCAAUGGAUAUAUUCAACCGCAGAGGUUAUUAUCAUUACCGGAGAAGACAGUAUCACAAAUGA